AUGGAUAUAUAGUCCCAGUAUAAUUAGAGAAACUAAUUCCAACAUGGCUUAGUUUCCUAGUAUGGACUUUAUAACUAGCAAUCAAGACCAAUUAAUAAUGAAGAGAAUAAAAAGUUGAGAGAAGAUUUGAGUUAUUUAAAAAAUUUAGCUUAAGGAAUGAAGAAAAUCAAGGAGGCAUUGAUUUUAUUUUUAAACAGAGAUUAAAAGAAAACAUUAGAAACUUAAAAGCAAAAAAAGAGACAAUUAUAGUAGUUAGAAUCAAGCAGAUAAAAGGAAUAUAGUAUCUCAGAGGAGGAUUCAAUUGAAGAUUUGGAAUAACCAUCAGUUCAGUUAAUAAAUUAAGGUCUAAUGGGAAGACUAAAUUUCAGAACGCCAUAACAGCAGUAUAAGAGUAACAUGCUUAUAGCGACUUUACCAAUUACUAAACAAAUAUCAGACACACCUUAGUCUCACAAUAAGUUAUAAAUACAUAGGAUGCUUCCACCUAAACCCAGUAAUAUAAGUUAGUAAAGUAUUAAAAACAAAAGCUAUCAAAGUAAAAAGUCAAAUCUUAAACCUACUCCUUCAACAGCUGAUUCUAAAUUUUCAGGGAAUAAAAUGACGGACUCCCUUUUUAAGAAUUUUAGAUCUAAGUUGAAUUUUAACUUCAACUAGGAUAUAGCACACUAGGGACUGAAAUACAGUUUAGACAAGCAGAUAAAAACAUUAGUAAAAUAGAUUUAACACAAGAGAGAAACUAGUGUUAAUCAGCAUAUUCUAGGGACUAGCUUGAGUACUGGAAUUGAUACUUAUUAUAACAAGUCUAAUAUCUCUAUUUCAAAUCAUCAAAUCAACCCAAAGAUUUUAAUUAAUCAAGAGCCAUCUAACGAUGAUAGUCAUUAGAGAAACAUAACAAAUCCUAAAAGAAUGAGGUUUAGAAAAUCAAAAGUUUAGUCAAUGGGAUUACUACCAAGAGAUGCUAUUCUAUGA